AUGGCCAAAAUGAAAGGAGCCAAGACCCUAUCUCCAUCAGCUCGCAGUAGUAGACCAAGAGUCUCACCUGUGCGAGACUCCAUGACUGAGCCUCCACAGCUACCCGUCAUGCAACCUUCCGAGGAUGGAGUGCCGCCUAGUCCUUCUCAGCGAAGAUAUCAGACUAGGAGACCACCCACUACACCAGGGGCAAGCUCUUCACCCCCCAAGAAGUCAGUUAGUCGCUCUCUUGCGAAGAAAUCUAGAGUCUCAGGUCCAAUAGAGCCAUUAGAGCCUCCACAACCUCAUCCGCCUACUACAGAGUCUCAGAUUCCUUCUGGGAUGACUCCAGAAGUUAUUAUCAGGUGA